ACAUGUAUCCUCCGGCAGUUCGCGUGUAACAGCCGCGAUUGCGAGUACUUCUCGCCGCAUUCCCAUUCAUUAUUUCAUGAAUAACGAUUACCCAGUGUUUGCAUUGCCACGAGUUUUCGGAUAAUAAUUGUGACUGGGAACACAUUUGUUGCAUUACGAACCCCGAAAAUGGCGAAGAUGGGAAAAAGAUGGAAGAGUUGUCUGUCAGCAAAUGCCCUGACUCUACUGACAGUAAUUGGUGUUGCUAGUGGUGUUGCUCUCGGAUUCAUCCUGAAAUACUCGAAAGAGUCAUGGUCAAAGCGUGAAAUUAUGUACAUCAACUUUCUCGGUGAUCUCUUCCUUCGAAUGUUGAAGGGUCUCAUACUGCCCCUCAUUGUUUCCAGCAUCGUAAGUGCCAUCGGCAGUCUCGACCUCAAUUUAUCUGGUAAAAUCGGUAUGAGGUCGAUUUAUUAUUAUGCCACAACAACUGUGUGUGCUGUGAUAGUUGGGAUUAUCCUGGUCACAACGAUACAACCUGGUCACAUUGGUGAUAAGAAACUUUUUGUCACGCAUGAGUCUCUCGUCCCAAAGAGAGAAGUCACUACUGCCGAUACUCUUCUAGAUCUAGUCAGAAACGUUUUCCCGUCAAAUCUCGUCCAAGCCUGCAUCGCACAAUACAGAACGAAUCUUAUUAAACCGCCGAAUGCGACUGAGGAAGUGGCUAAUGAUAUUUACAAAUGGACUAUCGACCACGACGAUGCUGAUGGAACGAACACCCUCGGGCUCGUUAUUUUCGGAAUCAUUCUGGGUAUUGCCAUUGGAAAAAUGGGUGAUGCGGGACAACCAUUGCGCGAUUUCUUCAAUGCCCUUUCUGAGGCGAUGAUGAUCAUCACCAACUGGGUUAUUUGGCUAUCACCCUUCGGUGUAACUUUCCUCGUAGCAUCAAAAAUCCUCGAGAUCAAUGAUCUCGGCGCAGUGGUGGGAACCCUAGGCCUUUACUUCAUGACAGUUCUCCUCGGACUCUUCAUCCACGGUUUCGGUACACUGUCCUUGAUUUUCUUCGUAUGCACUCGAGAAUUACCCUUCCGAGCACUUGGAAAAAUGAGUCACGUCAUAGUGACCGCUUUCGGAACCGCAUCCAGUUCCGCAACACUUCCCAUCACUCUGCAGUGUUUGGACAAUAUGGGGGUCGAUUCAAGGAUAUCGAAAUUCGUCGUGCCAAUUGGGGCUACCAUCAACAUGGAUGGCACUGCUCUUUAUGAGGCUGUCGCUGCUCUUUUCAUUGCACAAGUCAGAAAUGUCGAGAUGUCGUGGAGCAAAAUCAUCGGUGUGAGUAUCACUGCAACAGCAGCUAGUAUCGGCGCAGCUGGGAUUCCCCAAGCUGGUCUUGUAACAAUGGUAAUGGUCUUGGAUACAGUUGGACUCCCCGCCGAGGAUGUCACCCUAAUUGUAACAGUCGACUGGCUUCUCGAUCGAUUCAGAACAACCAUAAAUGUUGUCUGCGAUGCACUAGCGGCAGUGAUAAUUGAGAAAAUGAGUAUAGACGAGCUUCGACGGCUCGAUGCACCGAAGAACGAGGAAAUCGUUGAGCUCACACACUUGAGUAAAGCCGAGGCAUGAGCCGUUUGGGCUCAAUGAGAAUGCGACGAAUUACUGCCCGUCAGAUACUUAUCGAUGUCGCAACACGGAGAGAAAAGUUGGGUAAAAAUUACCGAGGAAAUCGUGGAAAAUUUUACGGUACAAAAAAAAACAUCUU